GUAGCCACAGAGCAUUCUGGACAGGGAGGAGCUCAGAAGGGAGAGGGACAGAUUCUCCUUUCACUUUCUCAACUCCUUAGGACACAGUGAAGCUGGAGAAGGACAGCAUGGCUCCAAAGCGCAAGCCCUCAGUGCAGACUGAGUGCCCUGAGAAGAAGAAGGGAUGGCAAGGGCCAGGGGAGGAAGACAGCUUCCGCUCCACUGCUGAAGCCCUCAGGGCCGCACCUGCAGAGAAGCGCAUAAUCCUCGUGGACUCUGCAUAUCCACUCAGCAGCAACUCUAUGACCCAGGUAUACGAAGACUAUGAUUGCACCCUGAACCAAACCAAUAUUGGGAACAACAACAACAAGUUCUACAUCAUCCAGCUGCUCAAAGAGGAAGACCGCUUCAUCUGCUGGAACCGCUGGGGCCGUGUGGGAGAGGUGGGCCAGUCAAAGAUCAACUACUUCACAAAACUAGAAGAUGCAAAGAAAGACUUUGAGAAGAAAUUUCGGGACAAGACCAAGAACAACUGGGCAGAGAGGGAUCAUUUUGUGGCCCACCCUGGCAAGUACACACUUAUAGAAGUUCAAGGAGAGGACAAGGACCAGGAGGCUGUGGUGAAGGUGGACGGAGGCCCACCAAGGACUGUGAUUAAGCAGGUGCGACCCUGCUCCCUGGAUCCAGCCACACAGCAACUCAUCACCAACAUCUUCAGCAAGGAGAUGUUCAACAAUGCCAUGGCCCUCAUGAACCUGGAUGUUAAGAAGAUGCCACUAGGAAAGUUGAGCAAGCAACAGAUUGCACGGGGAUUCGAGGCCUUGGAGAAACUAGAGGUGGCUUUGAAAGCACAAACAGAUGGUGGCCAAAGCUUAGAGGAGCUGUCCUCACACUUCUACACUGUCAUUCCACACAACUUUGGCCGUAGCCGACCCCCACCCAUCAACUCCCCAGAGCUUCUGCAGGCCAAAAAGGACAUGCUGCUGGUGCUGGCAGACAUCGAGCUGGCCCAGACCCUGCAGGCAGCCUCUGAGGAGAAGAUAGUGGAGGAGGUGCCACACCCUCUGGACCGAGACUACCAGCUUCUCAAGUGCCAGCUGCAGCUGCUGGACUCUGAGGCACGUGAAUACAAGGUGAUUCAGACCUACUUAGAACAGACUGGCAGCACCCAUAGGUGCCCUGCUCUUCAACAUGUUUGGAAAGUGAACCGAGAAGGGGAGGGAGACAGGUUCCAGGCUUACUCCAAGCUGCGUAAUCGGAAGCUGCUGUGGCAUGGUACCAACGUGGCUGUGGUGGCCGCUAUCCUCACCACUGGGCUCCGCAUCAUGCCACAUUCUGGUGGCCGUGUUGGUAAAGGGAUCUACUUUGCCUCAGAGAACAGCAAGUCAGCUUGCUAUGAUGAUCAAGUGGGCCUUAUCCAGAGAGCAAUGGAAAGCCCGGGUGGCUGCAACUGUGGAGAGGAAGGCAGAGGCUGGAGGCUACAGGGAAGCUGUGCUGUGAGCCAGACCAGAUGUGAUGGCACCUGGCCCAGGGCUAUGAAGUUACUAGCAUGCGCUGUGGGGCACACCAUGUUGGCUACAUGUUUCUGGGUGAGGUGGCACUGGGCAAAGAGCACCACAUCACCAUGGACAAGCCCGACUUGAUGCAUCCACCUCCCGGCUUUGACAGUGUCAUCGCCCGAGGCCACACGGAGCCUGGUGAGCCAUAGGAAGUGGGACAUGCCUAAAGAUAGAGCUGGAGCUGAUAUAGGGGACAUUUUCAAGGAGGUGAGCAGGGAGUGGGCUAUUGAAAGGGACCAAAGCCAGCACCCUUCUUCACUGUAGUCAUAAACUUUGUCAUUCAACAAACAUCCACUGAUUCAACAAAUUAUUCCUGGGCCCUCAAGAGGACUUCAAAGAGAGGUGGUGCUGGCUGAGCAUUGAAAGAUGAGUAAGAGUUUCUCAGAGAGAAAUGGCAGAGGAGGAAUCUUCCAGGCAGAAGGCCCCGCCUAUGCAGCAAUUUGGAAGUGGGCAAGGUAGAGAUGAUCAGGCAUUGCCCACAGCAGAAGUAGAGAGCACAGGAGGCAAGAGUAAGGCCAGGGAUGAGUGACCCCUGGGUCACCUGUAGCCCUUACUGUGUC